UCAGAUUCUGUGGACUAUGAUAUGACACUGAAAUCAGUGGCCUUUGACCUCUAUGCAAAGCCUGGUAAUAACAGAACAUUGACACUGUUGAAUCCUAAGAAAUCUUUUUAUCAAUGGAGGCUGAGAGUUCCAUCUGACUAUGUUGUGAGGCUGGUAGUUGUUACAUCUCAUGAAGUGAUUCCCGGAAGUUGUGCCUCACACAGACUAUCAGCAUAUGAUUUCCUUCUCCCCUUGCAGAACAAGAUCAUAACAAGAUGGUGUGGAGUGUCUGGGGCCUGGACACCCCCCCUUAUACGCUUAACAUCAUCAAGUAAUGUAAUGCUGGUCACUUUCUCUUUGGACCGAAGAAGAGAGAACAAUAUAUUGAAAGCGUAUUUCCAAGCGGUUCCAAAAAUUGUGUGUGGUGGCCGCUACAUAGCAUGGAAUGGGACUGUAACUUCUCCUUAUUACCCAAGUUAUUAUCCUCCAAAUGUUGAUUGCCACUGGAUUAUCAGGGCACCACUACCUGGAUAUAGAUUGUUGUUAAAAAUUCUGGCAAUACAUGUACAGGAGCAGUCUCCAGGAUCCAAUAAAUGUGACAAAGAUUGGCUAGAAAUUGAUGGAGUUAGAUAUUGCAAACCAAUCGCAGAAUUUGACCGAGUUAAGGAAUAUGGCUAUUCAGUGGCGAUCAGCUUCCAUUCCGAUGAACUCGUCACACACAGGGGUUUUUACAUUGAAUUCAGAGCUUUCAGUCUCACAGACUAUUGUCCUAGACAAUUUAAGUGUCCAGAUAGAACAUGCAUUCCUUUAAACAGCAAGUGUGAUGGAUGGAAAGACUGCACAGAUGGAAGUGAUGAGACAAACUGUGGUUGUAAUCCAUCCAAGCCUGAUUGUAGUAAUGGGAAGUGUAAACACCAAUCCAGAGCUUGCAAAGGAGAAUCCAGCUGUGAGAAUGAAAGCAAAGAGGAGGAAAAAGAAAGCAGUUGUGGGUAUAAUAGUUGCUCACCUCAUGCAUACAAAUGUCUGAAUGGAAAAUGUCCAAUUAAGCCAAACCCAGAAUGUGAUGGAAUACGAGACUGUGCAGAUGGAUCUGAUGAAAUGAAUUGUGCAUGUGGAAGGAGUUACCUAAAAAGACCCAGAAUUGUUGGUGGUGAAGACGCAAGGUCUGGGAAGUGGCCUUGGCAAGCAAGUUUGCAGCUAGGACUGUAUGGUCAUAUCUGUGGCGCAUCAAUUAUUUCAAACAGGUGGUUGGUAUCUGCUGCUCAUUGCUUUCAGGACUCUGAUUCUAUAAGAUACUCGAUAGCAUCUGGUUGGAAGGCAUAUAUGGGUAUAAGGAUCAUUAACAAAAACAGUAAUGAUCCUGAAGCUGUGAGACCGAUCAAAAGGAUUAUUGUCCAUCCACACUAUGACCAAUAUAUCUCAGACUAUGACAUUGCCCUCUUGGAAAUGGAGACCCCAGUCUUCUUCAAUGAGCUGGUACAGCCCAUAUGUUUACCAAGCAGUCCUAGAGUAUUUAUUUAUGGAACUGUCUGCUAUGUAACUGGCUGGGGAGCCAUAAAAGAAAAUAGUCAGCUUGCAAAAACACUACAAGAAGCCAAAGUGAAAAUAAUUAAUCAAAGUGUUUGCAGUAAACUCUAUGAUGAUUUGAUUACUUCUCAAAUGCUGUGUGCUGGAAACCUUAAUGGCGGUAUUGAUGCAUGCCAGGGUGAUUCUGGAGGCCCAUUAGCCUGUCUGGGAAGAGGAAACAGAUGGUACCUCACAGGCAUUGUCAGCUGGGGUGAAGGAUGUGCUCGAAAGAACCGACCUGGGGUUUACACCAAGGUCACAGCACUUUAUGACUGGAUUCGUCAGUAUACAAGCUGA